AUGGACUGCGUAUUCGCCCUGGAAGCCUUAGAAAGUCAUGAGUUUGGCCUUGAAAGAAUUUCGAGAGAUGCAACCAUCAACAUUUUUUUCAGAAUCCAAGUACUUCUUACUACCUCCUCUGCCACCAUCUUGGUCCAAGUCGCCAUCAUCUCUCACCUGGAUUAUUGCAAUAGCCUCCCGGCUGGUUGUCCUGCCUCUACCGUUGCCUUCCUACAGUCUGUAACCAAGAACAGCCAGCGUGAUCCUGUUAAAAUGUCAGAUCUUGUCUUCUGGUCAAAACCCUCCAGUGGCUUCCCAUCUCACUCAACUGAGGAUCAUUUAAUUAUAAAGCAGAAAACUCUUGAAGUAGGGAUACGACUACAUGAAGGAGAUGAAUGUGAACAAAACAAAUGUGAGGGAGCCUAUGAAUACGGACGAAACUUCAGUAAUAUCGCAAACCUUAUCCAACAGCCACAAACUCUUAUUGAAGAGAAAUCUCCAAUGUGUAACAUAUGUGGAAAAUUAUUCAAGCGGAACUCUUACCUUACUCAGCAUGAAAAAAUCCACACACAAGAGAAACCUUAUGAGUGUCAUGAAUGUGGAAAAGCCUUUGGACAUAGUUCAAACCUUAUGCAGCAUCAAAGAAUACAUACUGAAGAGAAACCCUAUGAAUGUAGUGAGUGUAGGAAGACCUUCCGGCACAGCUCACACCUCAUCCAGCAUCAGAUAAUUCAUACAGGAGAGAUGCCUUAUAAGUGUAAUGAAUGUGGAAAAGCUUUUGGUGGGAGCUCAAGUCUUAUUCGACAUCAGAGAAUCCACACUCAGGAAAAACCCUGUGAAUGUACUGCAUGUGGGAAGGCCUUCAGCCAGAGCUAGAAUCUAAUAGAUCAUCAGCGAGUUCACACCAAAGAGAGACCAUAUGAAUGCAAUGACUGUGGGAAAACUUACAGUCGUAACUCGCACCUUAUUGAGCAUCAGAGAGUCCAUACAGGGGAGGCUCCUUAUGACUGUAAUGAGUGUGGGAAAUCUUUUAGUAGGAGUUCAUUCCUUAUUAAACAUCAUAGAAUUCACACUGGAGAGAGACCCUAUGAAUGUAGUGAAUGUGGGAAGGCCUUUAGUCGGAACUCCCACCUUAUUCAGCAUCAGAAAACUCACAGUGGAGUCAAACCCUCUGAACGUAAAGAAUGUGGGAAAACCUUCAAGUAUAGUUCAUCCCUUAUUAAUCAUCGGGGAAUCCAUAUAAGGGAGAAGCCAUGAAUGAAAUGAAGGUGGUAAAGCCUUUGGUCAGACCUCAGCUCUUCCUGAACACCAGAGAACUUGCGCUGGGGAGAAACCCUUUGGGUAUAGUAAGUGUGGAUGGCCGUCAUUCCUAGUUCAACUCUUAUUAAGACCUGAAAGUCCACAUGGUGGACAAAUCUCAUGGCUGUGUUCAGUGUAUGAAAACCUUUAGACAGAGUUCCUGCCUUAUUCAACAUCAGCAGGUUCACUUUGGGGGAAUGAUAGCUACGGGGAAGGCCUCGCUGUGUGUCAGAGAGUCUACACGAAAGGGGCAUGAUGCAGCACUGCAGAGGUGAUGACUGAAGUGGCACCUUUAGCACUUCUUUCAUUUGAUACUGAGGAUCUACAU